CCCCAUUCUCGUCCCCUUCUCCAAGGAAAGGAAAAAAAUCACCCCAAGCUUGCGAGCUAGGAAUCUAGCUGGAACCACCGACCGAUGUUCGACUGCAAGACGACGGGCGGGCACUUCUUCGUGCACGCGCCGCAGAUGCGAUCCUUCAACUGCCAGCGGUGCCGCACGUCCUUCCCGAACUACAAUCCACCGCUACCACGAACCCGAGCGGCCCAGCAAUGGUACGGUGCUCUCUCGCCCGGCGAACCCGAUCGCGUUAAGGCGCCCUGGCGCUGCAUCGUCGAGUCCUGCGCCUUCAUCGUGUGCGAGCCGUGCUCAGCGUACGCACAACUGGAACUCGGACGGCUGAAGGUGGAGAAGGACAAGGCGGAUGAGGAGGGGGCAAUGUUUGAUUUCGACAAGGAGCUGGAGAAAUUGGAGGUCGACGGGCUCAUCGGGUUCUACGCUGAUUCGAAGGUCAGCCAGUCCACCACCACCUCCACCACUACGAAGGAGAAUGUGAAGCCGGGGAAGGAAGGGUUCCUCCCGGGAUUUCAGGAUCAUUACGAUGACGGUGACGAUGACGGUGACGGCACCAUCGAGGUCGAUUCGAAGCUCGAGGUGGACACGAAUCUAGAGGCCGACGGCGACGACACAGGGUACGCGGUGGAGUUCUUGCGGAGGCCGUUUACGAGGAGUGCUGCUGCCGCUGCUGCUUCGGCACGUGCGAGGGCGAGACGGCCAACCGUCGUCAAGAGGGAGCGCGAUCGGGAUAGAGACUCGACGGGGGAUUAAGGCGGGAUGGAGGGGGGAUACGUAUGGGAAGGCGGGCGUUUGGUCGGUCGGUCGGUUGGUUCGCUCUGGAGUUACUUGCGGAAUUCCUUCACGAGGGCUGUUUGGUCGUCGUGCGUCGUUGCAAUGGUGUUUCCCGGUCUUGCCUUUGCGCGUUAGCUGUUUAAUCUGGGCCCGUCGUCGUCGCCAUAAUGAUUUGCUGUUUCCUUCUCUUUCUUUU